AAAAAAUUUAAAGAUCAAAUCCACAUACCAAAAGAUUGUAAUUACUAAACCCCAAAUCAAUUAUUAAUUUGAAGAACUUUUCCAUUAUAGAAUAUCAUAUCAUAUCAUAUCAUAGCGUGUAAUCAUGGUGCCUACAGACGACUCGUUCAUCAGUGACGAUGAAGAAGAAUAUUGUCCAUUAUGUGUGGAAGAAAUGGAUAUCUCGGAUAAGAACUUUAGACCUUGUCCUUGUGGAUAUCAAAUCUGUCAAUUUUGUUAUAAUAAUAUCAAACAAAAUCCUGAAUUAAAUGGAAGAUGUCCUGGUUGUAGAAGAUUCUAUAGUGAUGAAACAGUGGAAUAUAAAUCAAUCAGUGCCGAUGAAUAUAGAUUACAACAGUUGAAACGUGAAAAACGUGAUCGUGAAAAGAAACAACGUGAAAAGGAAAAGAAAGAAACUGAAAUGGCCAAUAAGAAACAUUUAGCUGGAUUAAGAGUUGUACAAAAGAAUUUAGUAUAUGUUACAGGAUUAAAUCCUCCUUGUCCUCCUGAAGAUUUGCAUGCUGUAUUAAGAUCAGAUAAAUAUUUUGGUCAAUAUGGUAAAAUAUCAAAAAUCGUCAUUAAUAAAAAAUCUCCUGCUCCCCAAACAGGUAGUGCUGGUCAUCAUCAUCAUCAAAGUCCUGGUAUUGUAGUCUACGUGACUUUUACUAGGAAAGAAGAUGCUUUAAAAUGUAUAAAUGAAUUGGAUGGUUCCUUAUGUGACGGUAGAAUUUUAAGAGCUGCUCAUGGUACAACUAAAUAUUGUUCAUCAUAUUUAAGAGGUCAUCCAUGUCCAAAUCCAAAUUGUAUGUUCUUACAUGAACCAGGUGAAGAAGCAGAUUCAUACACUAGAAAAGAUUUAUCAACUCAACAAGGUAUUAAGAUGAGUAUGAUGGGUAUGAAUGCAAAUUCAAGAGUUAGUAGUAGUACCAAUAUUGCUGGUUCUCAACAUCAAUAUAGUGGUGAUGAAAAUGUUUCUUUACAUUCAGAAGAAGAACAAGAUCAUAAUGAUACUAGUUCGAAUCCUUUACCUGCUACUGCUCAAUGGGCUAAAGCAGGAAGUGCAUCUGCUUCCAAUUCUCCUUCCGUUAAUAAUAAUACACCAUUAGCUAACUCUGCUGCAUUCCCAACUUUGGGUGAAAUAUUCCGUGACCAAAAACAACAACUGCAAGUUCAACAAAGAAAAGAAAGUGGUAAACAAGUCAAGGUUAAAGGUCGUAAGACUAAGAAAGAAAGUCUUCCCGCUGAUAUUGAUCUUGAUGAUGAUUCGACUGCUCUCUUUAUUGAAGAAACUACUCAAAUAUUAAAGAAUUUAGAAGAAAGAAAAGAAAAGUUGAAUGUUCAAUUCAAAAAAUUAUCUAAAACUGAAGGUAGGGUGUUACCUCUUUUUGCAUUUGGUAAUAGAGAAAACUUUGUUAAUGAUAGUAAACCAGAAGAUGGUAAACUCCUUACUCUUGAUGUGGUUGAAAAGUAUUUAUUAAGACCAGUUAAGAAUUAUCAUUUAGCUUAUGCUAACCAUCCAAUCAUGCAACAACAACGUCAACUCCAACAACAACAGCAACGUCAACUUCAACAACAGCAAGUUCAACAACAACAGGUUCAACAAAUACAACAAGUUCAACAACAACAAACUCCAAAUUUACCUACUGCUCAAUUACAACAACUACAAUUAGAACAUGCUAAGAAAUUAUUGGAAACUCAACAACAACAAGUUCAAGGUGCAAAUCGUAAUGCCCAACAACAACAAGUUCAACAACAGUUAUUAUUACUUCAAUUACAACAACAGCAACAACAAUCACAAGCUGCUGUGAAUCAAUUGAAUAAUAUCAGAGCCAAUGAACGUGCCAAUACUUCUACUCCACCACCACCAGGAUUAUUUGCUAGUUCUAAACCAGCUGCACCAUUUGGGCAAGUUGUAGGUUUACAAAAUCCAAUUCCAGCAUCAGUUAAUUAUGAUAAUGUUGGUGCAGUUGGUAAUCAAUCUUCAAGCUCACAAUUGUUGACUCAAUUAAUGGGUGGAAAGAGAUAAACUAUGUUUAUUUGUUAGUUUUAUGUUUGUUUUAUUUGUAGUUUUAGUGUAGUUUUGUGUAGUUUUAGUUUUUAGUUUAA